AUCCCAUCUUCCCAGGCUGUGGCUCUCCCUCAUGGAUGCUCAGAUCCCACAUUCCCAAGGUCUUCUGUCUCUUGCCCAUGGAUUCUUGGAGAGCAUCUUUCCAGCAUCUGGCUCUCCCCUAUGGAUGCUCAGAUCCCAUCUUCCCAGGGUCUUCUGUCUUUAGCCCAUGGAUUCUUGGAGAGCAUCUUCCCAGGCUGUGGCUGUUGCCCACAGAUGCUCAGAUCCCAUCUUCCCAGGCUGUGCCUCUCCCCCAUGGAUACUCACGUCCCACAUUCCCAAGGUCUUCUUUCUCUUGCCCAUGGAUGCUUGGAGAGCAUCUUUCCAGCAUCUGGCUCUCCCCCAUGGAUGCUCAGAUCCCAUCAUCAUCCCAGGCUGUGGCUCUCCGUCAUGGAUGCUCAGAUCCCACAUUCCCAAGGUCUUCUGUCUCUUGCCUAUGGAUGCUUGGAGAGCAUCUUUCCAGCAUCUGGCUCUCCCCCAUGGAUGCUCAGAUCCCAUCUUCCCAGGAUCUGGCUCUCCCUCGUGGAUGCUCAGAUCCCACAUUCCCAAGGUCUUCUGUCUCUUGCCCAUGGAUUCUUGGAGAGCAUCUUCCCAGGCUGUGGCUGUUGCCCACAGUUGCUCAGAUCCCAUCUUCCCAGGCUGUGGCUCUCCCCCAUGGAUGCUCGGAUCCCACCUUCUCAGGAUCUGUCUCUUACCCACAGAUGCUCAGAUUCCACCUUCUCAGGAUCUGAUUUUCACUCAUGGAUGCUCAGAUCCCAUCUUCACAGGAUCUUCUAUCUCUCAGACCCCAUCUUUUCAGGAUCUGGGUUUAACCCAUGGAUGCUCAAAUCCCAUCUUCCCAAGAUCUGGCUGUCACCCGUGGAUGCUCUGAUCCCAUCUUCCUAGAAUCUGGUUCUCAUCCAUGGGUGGUCAGAUCCCUUCUUCUCAGGAUCUGGAUCUUGACCAUGGAUGCUCAGAUCCCAUCUUAGGAUAUCUCUCUUACCCAUGGAUGCUUGGAGAGCAUCUUCCCAGGAUGUGGCUCUUGCCUGUGAAUGCUCAGUUCCCAUCUUCCCAGGAUCUGGCCCUCCCCCAUGGAUGCUCAGAUCCCAUCAUCCCAGGCUGUGGCUCUCCCCCAUGGAUGCUCACAUCCUAUCUUCUCAGGAUCUGGCUCUCACCCAUGGAUGCUCAGAUCCCAUCUUCCCAGGAUGUGGCUCUCGCACAUGGACGCUCAUAUCCCAUCUUCCCAAGGUCUUCUGUCUUUCACCCAUGGAUGCUUGGAGAGCAUCUUCCCAGGCUGUGGCUCUCCCCCACGGAUGCUCAGAUCCCAUCUUCCCAGGCUGUGCCUCUCCCCCAUGGAUGCUCACGUCCCACAUUCUCAAGGUCUUCUGUCUCUUGCCUAUGGAUGCUUGGAGAGCAUCUUCCCAGCAUCUGGCCCUCCCCUAUGGAUGCUCAGAUCCCAUCUUCCCAGGGUCUUCUGUCUUUCGCCCAUGGAUGCUUGGAGAGUAUCUUCCCAGGAUCUGGCUCUCCCCCAUGGAUGCUCAGAUCCCAUCUUCCCAAGGUCUUCUGUCUUUCACCCAUGGAUGCUUGGAGAGCAUCUUCCCAGGCUGUGGCUGUUGCCCACAGUUGCUCAGAUCCCAUCUUCCCAGGCUGUGGCUCUCCCCCAUGGAUGCUCAGAUCCCAUCUUCUCAGGAUCUGAUUUUCACUCACGGAUGCUCAGAUCCCAUCUUCCCAAAGUCUUCUGUCUUUUGUUCAUGGAUGCUCACAUCCCAUCUUCCCAGGAUCUGGCUUUCACCCAUGGAUGCUCAGAUCCCAUCUUCUCAAGUUCAGGCUCUCCCCCAUGGAUGCUCAGAUCCCAUCUUCCCACAUUCUGGCUCUCUCCCACGGUUGCUCAGGUUCCAUCCUCCCCGGAUCUGGCUCUCCAUGCAUCCCAAGGCCGCUCGCGGUGACCCCUGGGGUUUCGACGCUGCCCGAAUCCCAAUCUGGAAGGCGAAGGAGCUCUGCCGGCUUCCAAACUGGUGGCUCCGAGCACCGCCUGCGCACAUCCUGCCUGACAUUAAUUAUUCAUUACCCCUCUAUAAAGUAUUUAUGCUCUGCCACGGCCCGGAGGGUCCUGAGCAGAGCCGAAUGGUUCCUCGGUGACUGCAGAUGCUUUGCCGGCGUUUGCUUUGGGCUCUUUCAUUUCAGGAGGAUUUUGGGGGUGAGAAACUGAAGCUUUUGGUGCGCAGGAUGUUCCCAGCAUCCCGGGGGUGGGAGAUCGGAUGCCGAUUGUGCCGUGGGUGCCCGGAGAAGCUGGAUGGACCCAUCCAGCCAUGGAAUCCCAAUUUUUGCUUUGGUUUCUUUUAUUUCAGUGGGGUUUUGGGGCAAGAAAUGAAGC